UGGAGGUCAACAAUUUAAUGGUCUUGGCUGAAUUCGUUUGAUUUUCCCAUGAUAUCAAGCAAAGAGACACUGAGUUUGAAGGUUGGCCUUAAAAUACAUCCACAGCUCUCAUGAAUAACUAACCCUGCGGUCACCUACGCAGUGGACACAACAUGUUGACUGCACGGAAGGCAUGUGCGUCAUUGACGGCCAGACGACUACUUGGAGCGUCUGUAUCCAUGACCCUUGACCCCCAGUGCCACCCAAGACAGUACCGUACCGCCGCCCCACACCAGGAUAAAGUGAAGAUCCAUGAGGGCUGGGCCAACCUGGCCAGGAAACAGCUGAAAGGGAAAAAUCCAGAGGAUCUGAUCUGGAGGACCCCAGAGGGCAUCUCAAUCAAACCCGUGUACACACAGACAGAUACUGCUGCAGUCAAAGAUGAACUGCCGGGAGUGUACCCCUUCACCCGGGGGCCGUACCCCACCAUGUACACUUACAGACCCUGGACCAUCAGACAGUAUGCAGGAUUCAGCACUGUAGAGGAGAGCAAUAAGUUUUAUAGGGAUAACAUUAAAGCUGGCCAGCAAGGCCUUUCUGUGGCCUUUGACCUUCCAACACACAGAGGUUACGACUCAGACAAUCCCAGAGUGCAUGGAGAUGUAGGGAUGGCAGGUGUGGCUAUCGACACAGUGGAAGACACCAAACUGCUCUUUGAUGGCAUUCCACUGGAGAAGAUGUCUGUAUCCAUGACGAUGAACGGAGCCGUCAUUCCCAUUCUAGCCAUGUUCAUCGUGACCGGAGAGGAGCAGGGCGUGCCCAAGGAGAAACUGACCGGAACCAUUCAGAACGACAUCCUAAAAGAGUUCAUGGUGCGAAACACGUACAUCUUCCCUCCAGAGCCGUCAAUGCAUGUCAUCGCUGACAUCUUUGCGUACACCUCAAAGAAUAUGCCCAAGUUUAAUUCUAUUUCCAUCAGUGGAUACCACUUACAAGAAGCUGGUGCUGAUGCCAUCCUGGAGUUGGCCUACACAAUUGCCAAUGGACUGGAGUACUGCAGGACAGGUGUAAAGGCUGGACUGACUAUCGAUGAGUUUGCGCCCAGAUUGUCUUUCUUCUGGGGAAUCGGCAUGAACUUCUACAUGGAAAUAGCCAAGCUGAGGGCAGCACGCAGACUGUGGGCUACACUUCUCAAAGAGAAGUUCCAACCCAAGAACUCUAAAUCCCUGCUGCUGAGAACUCACUGUCAGACGUCUGGAUGGUCACUGACUGAGCAGGACCCUUACAACAAUGUUAUCCGGACUGUGAUCGAGGCAAUGGCUGCAGUAUUCGGGGGCACACAGUCGCUGCACACUAACUCUUUUGAUGAAGCUCUGGGUCUGCCCACAGUUAAAAGCGCUCGCAUCGCCCGCAAUACACAGAUCAUUAUCCAGGAGGAGUCGGGCAUCCCAAAAGUGGCGGACCCUUGGGGCGGAUCCUACAUGAUGGAGGCCCUCACCAACAACGUGCAUAACUCUGCACUUAAGUUCAUCACUGAGAUUGAAGAGAUGGGAGGAAUGGCUCGCGCCGUGGCCGAGGGAAUCCCCAAACUGCGCAUUGAGGAAUGUGCAGCCCGCAGACAAGCGCGCAUUGAUUCAGGUUCAGAGGUCAUUGUAGGGGUCAACAAGUACCGCCUGGAGAAGGAAGAGUCUGUGGAUGUGCUGGCCAUCGACAACACAGCUGUGCGUAACAAGCAGAUUGAGAAACUGAGGAAGGUCAGAGAGAGCAGGGAUGCAGAGGCAGUGAAGAGAUGCCUGGCUGCAAUCGAACAGUGUUCACGUACCAGAGACGGAAACCUGCUGGAGCUCGCCGUGGAGGCUGCAAGGGCACGGUGUUCGGUUGGGGAGAUCACGGAUUCAAUGAAAGCUGUUUUUGGAGAGCACAAGGCCAGCACGCGUAUGGUGAGCGGGGCGUACCGCAGCGAGUUCGGCGAGCACGAGGAGAUCGCACUGGCACACGACAGGGUCGUACAGUUUAAAAAGCAUGAAGGAAGGAAUCCACGUCUACUCGUGGCCAAAAUGGGGCAGGACGGUCAUGAUAGAGGGGCAAAGGUAAUCGCCACCGGAUUUGCAGACCUCGGCUUUGAUGUGGACGUCGGCCCUCUUUUUCAGACCCCACUGGAGGUCGCCCAGCAGGCUGUGGAUGCAGACGUGCAUUGCGUGGGAGUGAGCACACUUGCAGCGGGACACAAGACCCUCGUACCCGAGCUUAUCAAAGAGCUGAGUAACCUCAACCGGCCCGAUAUCUUGGUCAUCUGUGGAGGCGUCAUACCGCCACAGGACUACGAUUUCCUCUACGAGAGUGGCGUCAGCUGUAUCUUCGGCCCGGGAACCAGAAUUCCUCAAGCAGCCAUGGAGGUUCUCAGCAACAUCGAAAAAAGCCUGGAGAAGAACCGACAGGCUAUGUAACCACCGAACAAUCUGUCUUCAUUUGCCAUAUGUCUUCUGCACUUAUUAACAUCUUGAAAUGAUCACUUCUCAGCCUUUCGACUAAGAUCAAGUGCAAAACAUAAAUGUAAUGUUAUUGGCUGCGAAUUAUUACUUUGAAAGUCCUUUGGUAGUCCAAUAGUUAUUGUAGCAUAAUGUAAUCAAAGUGAAAUAAAUGAUUCCCACAGUUGUGUUAUAUUUCUGAUUGAAAAAGUGCAACAGCAUUUAUUUGUUUUGUCUACAAUUUGUAUAGUUUGACAUGAUGCAUUAAAACUUGCCAUCACUUA